AUGAAUGUUUGUUUUUGGGCAAAUAUCUGCAACUCCUCUGAGGUCGGAAAAGUGCACGCAAUUGACCGAGAUGCUGACCCGAAGAAUAACCGCGUCCGCUAUCACAUCAACGACGAAGGAAACACCGCCUUUCUCGAUGGAGUUCGUGCUAGUCGUUUUUUCUCUAUAACUCCCACUGGAGAAAUCUACACCAAUCCAAUCCCAAUUGAUCGAGAACAAGUUUCAAUUCUCACCUUUUCCGUUGUCGCAAUAGACAGUGGUGAGCCUCCACUCUCCGCUUUUGCCACGGUAGUCAUUCGCGUCGAAGACAUCAACGACAACGGACCCCAGUGGGUCUAUCCAUUGCCAUGUCCACAAGCCACAAGUAUCAACAUUUCUGCCUAUUCAACUGUUGGAAUGAUUGUCGCUCGCUUAGAGGCGAUCGACCCCGAUAUCGGUGUUAACGGACAAGUUGAAUACGAAAUAAUUCGUGGUAAUGGCCAAAAUUAUUUUGAUUUGGACCGUCACUCUGGAACCCUGUACUUGAAAAAAUCUCUUGAACUUGGUGCACAAAGCAAUUCAACCUCAGAUCACGCCUCUCCCACGUCAUUUGCAUUGUCCUUGAAAGCCACCGAUGGUGGUGAUCCCCCACGCAGCAACGUAUCGAUUCUUCGAAUUUUAGUCCAGACUAUGGACGUCUUUCCACCAGACUUUACUUCAAACGACGGAGGCCGUUCUCAUAGGAAAAACCAGCAGUUCUCCGCCAAUGGCUACCUGAAGCAACAGGGCAAUUACGUUGACCGUGACCUCUUAGUUAUGAUUGUAAUGAUAAUAAUCACCCUCCUGGUCUCCGUACUCUUGAUCAUGGCGAUCGUCCUUCUUCGCUGCAGGCAGAUCCACUCGACACGAGAGACCGGAAUAGACCCACAGACCGGGUCAGGUGGUGCUGGUGGUGUUGGGAUAAUGCGUGUUGCGCAGAUAAAACCACAUCCCUGGCUUCCACCGCCAUCACACGACUCCAGCGCUAAGUCCGGUUUCACCGUGGACUCUUCCAAAUCAGGAAAUGCUCCAUUCGACGGACAUGCACAGUACAUGACUUCAUCGGACCAAUUCGUGGCAUCUGAUGCAACCUUAAAAUCGAUCGAGGGUGUGCCGGUGGCUGGUACUUACGACCGAUUCUCCCCUGCUGUAAUUGUUUCAACUUCGACAUUCCAAAGACCAAAUCAGAACUCCGAUCCGAGCUCAGUAGGGACCUUUGUUUACACAAGUAAACACGUCGGGGACAACACGAAUCCCUGUUACAUCAGGCAGGUUUGUGCUACACUCCCAAACAAUGCAACCGCCAGACCUCUAACAGACGCUAGUGGACGUUGUUACAUGACGCUGAACCCUGAACUCUACGAGAUCGAACACCCAUACGGUCAGUUAAAGUACCACAGUGGAGCAUAUCAGUCGCCAGGAAGGGGUCCGAAAACAGCAGGAAUAAGCGCGAUGAUCAAGAGUACGCCUAACAUUGGCGAAGUUGAAUCGUCUGCAGCAGUCGAAUGUGUUCGUAGUGUGGAACCACCGAUGGUUGAGAUUCAGAAACGCUGCCGAUUCAAGAUUGAUUCUUCGGGAAGUCGACCGCUGCUAGCUUCCAAUACGCCCAUCUUUGAUAAAUCAGAAAGCACGGAAGAAACGGUCGACGGCGAAAUGGAGUUGGAGUCGAUGCAGAUGAAGCGUUUGCGCACCAGUUGCAACUCCGUCGGCCCCGAAGACUCACUGCUAGUUAAUAUUCACUGA